CCCGCCAAUUCUGAUCUGGCAUCUGCAUGUAGCAUGAGCUCUGGAACAACCACUUUUUAUAUUACUCCCUCAACGUCCUCCUCUGUCGCGUUGUAGACGUUAUUUACCAGUAACAAAUAAAAAUAACAUUCAAUCAAAACGAAAUCGCGGAAAAUAUAUGAGAAAGUGCGUCUGCAGUGACGAGUGUAAAAUCCUUAUUCAAAUUGUCACCUGAAUUCUAUUGACAAUCAUGAGUCUGUGGGUGGAUAAACAUCGUCCCACGAGCCUCUCGAAACUCGAUUAUCAUACAGAACAAGCAGAACACCUAAAAAACAUGGUCCAAAAGGGUGAUUUCCCUCAUCUACUGGUCCAUGGUCCCCCUGGAGCCGGAAAAAAGACGAGGAUAAUGGCGAUUAUUCGAGAAUUGUACGGCAGUGGCGUCGAGCGACUUCGUAUGGAGGCAAUGCAAUUUGAAACCCCAUCGAAGAAGAAAUUGGAGAUCAUGACGAUAAGUUCAAAUUAUCACAUUGAAGUUAAUCCCAGUGAUGUUGGAAUUUAUGACAGAAUUGUUAUUAUGGAUUUGGUUAAAACAACUGCCCAGACACAUCAGAUUGAUAUAAAUGGCCAAAGAGAAUUCAAGGUGGUUUUACUAACUAAUGUCGAUCAACUCACGAAAGAUGCUCAGCACGCACUCCGCAGAACCAUGGAGAAAUACGUAUCAACGUGUAGAUUAAUUCUCUGUGCAAAUUCAACGGCCCGAGUCCUCCCAGCUAUCAGAUCUCGUUGUCUAGCUGUUCGAGUGCCAGCUCCAACGAUUCCAGAGAUAAAAUCCAUACUCCAGUUGGUUGCAAAGAAGGAGGGACUGAAUUUACCUGACGGAUUCGCUGAAAAUGUGGCUAAAGCCAGUGAGAGGAACCUCAGGAGGGCGGUCCUCAUGCUCGAGGCCUGCAAAGUCGAACAGUAUCCCUUCACAAGUGAUCAGAAGAUAACCGAGCCAGACUGGCAGUUGUUCCUCCGCAAAACAGCAACUAUGAUGGUCGCAGAACAAACCCCCAGGAAGCUCCUCGACAUUCGAGGACGGCUCUACGAAUUGCUCACUCACGCCAUUCCCUGCGAUCUUAUAUUCAAAGGAUUACUGCAGGAGUGCAUUAAAAAUUGCGAUCUCCCGUUGAAAUCAGAGAUUGUUGCAGCUGCUGCUGAGUUCGAGCAUAGAAUGCAUCACGGAUCGAAACCCAUAUUUCAUUUAGAGGCCUUUGCCGCGCGGUUCAUGGCAGUUUAUAAAAAAUUCAUGGACACCAGCAUGAGCGAUUUUUGAAGGAUAUAAAUGAUUUUUCCAUUUUGUACCAUUCAACAUAACUCUAAUUUAAAUUUCCCACUUUUUUCCUUUCAGCUUUAUAUGAAUAAAUAAAUACGAUUUUUUAGUUAAA